AUGAGCUUCAUGAAAUGGAUUAAAGGCGACAAAGGCACAAUCAGGCCUUUGAAAGAGCUCCCUCCAGAGCACAGAAGUUACAAGCUUCAGAAAUUAUCUCAAGCAACUCUUGGCGCUGGCAAUAUGAAGGAUAAUGUCAAACUUCCAAAAGGUGAAAAUCUUAACGAUUGGUUGGCAUCUCAUGUUGUUGAUUUCUAUGAUACAUUAGUUUCCUUGUAUUCACUUGUCAAAGAUGAAUGUACCGAGAAAACUUGCCCAGAAAUGAAGGCAGGACCAGGCUUCACAUACGCAUGGCAAGAUAAUGACAAGUAUAAGAAAUCAACUAUAGUUCCAGCGCCACAAUACAUCGAAUUUGUUUUCGAUUGGGUUGCAAAUCAAGUUGAUAACGAACAAAUAUUCCCAUCAGAUCCAGCUGUUCCUUUCCCAAGUGAUUUCAAGGCAGUUGUUUCAAAAAUCUUUCAGAGGUAUUUUAGAAUUUACGCACACAUUUUCCACCACCACCGCUCACACAUGACAGUUGUUGGAGGUGAGCCACACCUUAACACAACAUUUAAGCAUUUUAUGUACUUUGUUCAUGAGUUUGAUUUAAUUCCAGAAAAUCAACUUGCUCCACUCAAAGAUAUUAUUCCGAUUUUUGAUUAA